AUCACCACCCACAGCACUUGGAAUUUUUCCUCAGUCCCUAUCCAAACUCUUAUCAUCACAAGUUGUGCAAAGACAAUGGUUUUCACAAGCUCUCCGAAGCCCAAGAGCAAUGCGUCCAGGCUCCGGGCCGUCAGGGACGCCGCGGUCGCGUCUCUAGGGAACCUCAUCAAGCUCCUCCCGACGGGGACGGCCUUCGCAUUCCAAUUCCUCAACCCCACCCGGACCAACAACGGCCGCUGCCCCACCCGCAACGAGUACCUCAGCGGCCUCCUGAUCGGCACGUGCGCCUUCUCGUGCGCCAUCUCUAGCUUCACCGACAGCUACACCGGCUCUGACGGUCUGACCCACUAUGGCAUCGCCACGCCUAAGGGGCUGUGGCCCUCGCCGGCCUCUGAAUUGGUCGACCUGUCCAAGUACAAGCUCCGGUUCCAGGACUUUGUGCACGCGCUGCUCUCGACCGUGGUUUUCGCGGUGGUGGCCCUGCUGGACCCGAACACCUUGGAGUGCUUCUACCCGUUGUUCGAGAAGGAGGAGAAGGUGCUGCUCAAGCUUCUGCCUCCGGUGAUCGGCGCGAUUUGUAGCGUGGUUUUUGUCGUCUUCCCUAGCAAGAGGCAUGGGAUUGGGUAUCCUUUCUCUUGUGAGGAGUCCAAUGAUCGAAGUGCUUCCAAGGAGGUGGAAUGAUGUAAAAGGGAAAAUGAGAGAGAGGGGGAGUUUCCAUAUGUUGUUUGCUAGUUUGUGUAGCCGUUCCCUUCCUGGGAGGUGUGUGCGCUUGUGGUGUCUAGGAUUUGCGCUGAGUGUGGUGGUAACUUUCUUGCUCUUACUAUUUUUCGUAAAGAAUAUGUCCGUUAUGUAAAGAAUGGCAUGACAAGAGUCUUGAAUUUAUCAUUGUUUAGUUAUUGUUAUACCAUAUUAGCUUGAUAAGCGAACUUGUAAUACUAGCGGGUUAUGGCUUGGAAAUUUACCCAAUCAGUCCAAAAUUUA